AUGAAUGAAAACAAAGAUGUAAACAUUGACGAUAAACUUGCCCAGAGCAUAGUUGAUGGCAUCUGUGAUUUUGAAGUACAUAAUGACGGUGGAAACAUGAAUUUAGAAAAAGAAAUAACAUUAUUCACACUGUUUCAAGCUAUUAAUUCGUUACCUAAUCAUUUAAUUAAUGAAGCAUACGAUAACGUUUAUAACUUCUGCAAUUUAACUGAAAAUGCAAAAAGUAAUUUUGAAAAAGCACGUAAUAGAUAUGCACAUUUAAUGACUUCUCCAUUUGUUUUAGUGAAGAUUCUAAAACUAUAUCAAAAGGAAUAUUAUGAUGAAUAUGUUUUACCUUUAUUACGUAAGCCAAAAAUAACAUUUGAUAUCAAACUUGACGACUCGUUUUUGAUAACAGAUAUUAGACGCAAGGCUGAAAAUCAUCAGUAUAAAAACAGUUCUGAAGUAAUUGAGGAUUUAUCACGUGUAAUCCGUUUUGUAGAUUGUGGAAAUAAAUAUUUCAUUCAGAAAGAUUACAACAUACACGACAAAAUGAAUCAAAUAUCAUUUGUUCUUCAAUCAAACAUGAAAGAGUCACUCAAAAUGAUUAAAUUAUUUAAAGAAGAAGGUAAAACAAUAACAGCAUGGGAUGUACUACUAAAUCAAUUAUCCUCAUUAACCGUUAAGGGUGUUUGCUUUAAAUCUGAUUCCCCAGAUGUUUUCUCAACGUUUCAUGGUUAUAAAUACAACAUUCUUGAAAAGCCUGAUUACUCAAAAAUUGAGAUGUUUAUGAAUUUCAUUAAAGAAGCCAUUUGUGAUAAUAACGAUGAAGUGUAUAAAUACCUUCUCGGCUGGAUUGCAUCAAUGAUUCAACAUCCUGGAAUCAAGAAUGAAACAGCAAUUAUUUUGAAAGGACUUCAGGGAACAGGUAAAAACAGAUUUACUGACAUUAUUUCUGAACUUCUCGCUG